UGUACCCCUAGGGGUACUUUGGAGGACUGCAGGUGCUACUGAAUGAAACGUGUUAGGCACACAGCAGCUCAAAUGGUCUUUGGGUCGAGAUAAUUUGUUUCAGCAAGAUGAAACCAUGGAGAAUCCAAACUUUAUUUCGCUUCCUUCUGUGUGUCAGUAUUUUGCAAACCUGUUGCUGUGCUCAGGGGAAAUAUGCUCAGAAGCUCCUGCAUGAUUUAUUCACUGACUACACUAGUGCCCUGAGGCCUGUGGAGGACACAAACACCAUACUGAAUGUGACCCUGCAGGUUACACUGUCACAAAUUAUUGACAUGGAUGAGCGAAACCAAAUUUUGACUGCAUAUUUAUGGAUACGACAAGUGUGGGUUGAUGCACACCUCAAAUGGAAUAAAGAUGAUUACGAUGGACUCGAUACCAUUCGAAUACCUAGUAGUUAUGUAUGGAGACCUGAUAUAGUCCUAUAUAACAAUGCUGAUGACCAUUUUACUGGCUCCAUGGACACCAAUGUGGUGAUCCGGCAUGAUGGCCAGAUGAUGUGGGAUUCCCCUGCUAUUACCAAGAGCUCCUGCAAAGUGGAUGUGUCCUUUUUCCCCUUCGAUUCUCAGCAGUGCAGGUUUACAUACGGCUCCUGGACCUACAACGGUAACCAGCUGGACAUCCUGAACGCCAUGGAGAGCGCUGACCUGGCUGACCUGGUGGAAAAUGUGGAGUGGGAGGUGAUGGGAAUGCCGGCUAAGAAGAACAUUAUUCAGUAUGGCUGCUGUGCUGACCCUUACCCUGACGUGACCUACACACUGAAACUGAAGAGAAAAGCUUCCUUUUACGUCUUCAACUUGCUAAUUCCAUGUGUGAUGAUCUCUUUCCUGGCACCACUGGGCUUCUACCUGCCUGCUGACUCUGGAGAGAAGGUGUCUUUGGGUGUCACCGUGAUGCUGGCACUCACUGUCUUUCAGCUGUUGGUUGCAGAGAUCAUGCCACCCUCUGAGAAUGUGCCACUUAUUGGAAAGUAUUACAUUGCAACGAUGACCAUGAUCACUGCCUCCACCGCCCUGACCAUCUUCAUCAUGAACAUACACCACUGUGGCCCGGAUGCCAAGCCUGUUCCAAAAUGGGCCAAGAAAGUCAUUCUGCAGCACCUGGCCAGAAUGUGCUUUGUUUAUGAAGUCGGGGAGAACUGCUUGUCACCACAGCCGGAGAAACAGGAGCCUCCUCUUGUAAAGAACAUUAACUGCACCAUGAAUGGUCAGACAGGACAAGGCAGAGAGGACUGUGUCUUCAAAAUGGAGAGAGGACAAGAGACAGUGGGCUCCAUGACUGCAGAGGAGAGGGAAGACAUGGAUCAGAUAAUGAGCCCAAUAGGCUCAAUUGGGAAGAACCCCACUGACAACUACAGCACUUGGAAGAAUGGCAUUUUCAUGAGCAUGGACUGUGGAGAUUUGGGGAGUCAGGGGAGAUGCCGGAAGGGAGGUGUGAGUGAUGGAGAGAGAAAUGACAGAGAUGUUUCCUGCAACAGUCAAAGCAAUGAGAAGCAUCUGCUGCGUAACAUUGAGUACAUAGCCAACUGUUACAGAGAUCAGAGGGCAACGCAGAAAAGGACUGGGGAAUGGAAGAAAGUAGCCAAAGUUUUAGACCGCUUCUUCAUGUGGAUAUUUUUCAUAAUGGUGUUUUUAAUGAGCCUUCUCAUUAUGGGCAAAGCCAUCUAACUGCAGAUCUGAGAAUUUGGUCUUAAGGAAAGUGUUAAUAGGUCUACAUAACACAGAGAUUAUUACAGGUUAGUACAGGAUUCAUUAAGUACUACACUUUAUCCAAUAAUUUGAAUAACAUUCAGAUUGCACUUUUUCUUAACGUCUUAGAAAUGGUCUAUUCUGCAGGCCAUGUCAUCACCCACCCUACUGCAGUCCUAAUUAUGAGUAGAAUUAGAUAUUUCAUAAACGUCUUGUUUAUGGAUUUUGUUGUUAACAACUUGCGUUCCCCAACUUUUGUCCCAAUCUUGUGUGAAAGUUACUAAA